AUACGUCAUUAAAGAAUGUAAUGGUAGGAAACACUCAAAGUUCAAUAAUAAUUCCCAGAACUCUGAAGUGGCGUUCACGUCUCGUGAUGGUAACUGGUUAUGUAGUCACUAUAAAAGACAUUGUUUUGUUAAAUUUGAUUGUUGUGAGCAGUUUUAUCCCUGUCAUUGUUGUCAUAACAAUCAAAGUGCGUGUGGCAACAAGAAGCUUAAAUCACGUGAUGCAGUAGAUGUGACAUGUGCUUAUUGUAGCAACGUACAAAAGUUUGGUGAAAAGUGCACGAAUUGUGGUGUUAAAUUUGCCGAAUAUUUCUGCGCUUUAAGUAAACACCUUACUGGCAAAGACGACCAUCCUUAUCAUUGCGAGAAAUGUGGAAUUUGCAGAGUUCACGGAGAUCGUUCUUUUCAUUGCGAUGUUUGUAAACUUUACAACUGCGUGGUAAUCAUAAAUGUAGAAAACUCCGCACAUGAUGAAUGUUGUAUAUGUUUAGAGGAUGCUUUCACAGGUUGUCAAAUAUUACCAUGUUCUCAUAAAGUUCAUUAAGAAUGCGCCAAUGAAAUGAUUCGAAGAGUAAUAACACGCUGUCCCAUUUGUCGUGAAAGUUUUGCUCAUAAACUUGAAAAGAAAACUCCAUCGAAGAGACGUCACGGUGGAAGACAUAAAUGA